CGAUUUUGACAUUUUUCCGCUGCGUCCUAUCUUAUAUAUUAAGGGUUUUUACCCGUUUUCUCAACUAUUUUUUUGCCUGCGUCCUAUCUAUGCUAGCGUCCUAUACAUGAUAUAAUACGGUAUGUUGUUUUUGAUGAAACAGUUCAUCUUGAGAGGCCUUUUAAAACACCAGAUGAAAAGUACAAGUACUUCAAAAAAUUGCAACUUUCAGUCCCUGUAGACUUGAUUAAGUUCUGUCCAGGUGGAUCUCUUGAAGCAACUGUUUGUAUCCGACAGGUAACGCCAAACAGAAGUGAGCCUCAGAUUUUGACAGAUGGGACACGCUUUCUUCAGAAUGUAAGACCAGUGUUAGGAGAGAUCCAUACUAGACUUCAGCGAAUGUCUUUUAAGUCGAAGAUUGCUAAUAUUGCCACGAUUUCACCAGCAAUAUCAGACUUCAUAUAUACACAUUUAACAUUAGAUAAGUCUGCUGCUGAAAACCCUGUUACUUGAGAGAGACUUAAGACUUAUUUUCUCAGGACAGACUGGUUUGGUAAAAGAUCUAAGAGAACUAAAUCCAGGAAGACCAAACAAUAAGUUUGACUCAUUCUUCAAUGUACUAUCUGGUAUAGUGGAAGAGGUGACAUCAGCUGAUGAUCGUCGACAUGGGGAAGCACAUAUGUCACAGUUCAUAUCUCUUGACGAAAUGAUCCAGCAAGCCAAGUCUCAGUGCCCAGAAGGAACUGCAGUCCCUUCUAAGAGUUUGGUUCGUCUGCAGUUCGCGCCAAAAAAUCCGUUCACCAAAAUUGCAACAACCUUUACGUCAAAACUAAAUGUUCAAUAUAAAAUUCAGAAGCGUCAGCUGAGGGUGGCACACCCUGAUGAACAUUUCUGUAAUGCACAGUUUAGAUACAUGAAAGAAUGUGCCAUUGAGAACAAAGAAAAAGUGAAACUUCUGUUUUGUGACGAUAAAGCCAAAGUACCGUUUGGCAAUCCUGGAGCAUUGCUAUCUACAGGGGUCAGAGGAAAAAAGACUAUUGUGCCAGUCACAUCAACUCUUAGCGCGCUUGAUCAUGACAUGCAAAGUUCAGGAUCUUUGACACCUUCUGUUUACCUGGACUGUCAGAUACCAGAUUCACCAGUGUCCUCCUUUGUUCGUGGCCAGGUAACUGUGAUUGUUAAUGAUUCUGUUUUCAAGGCAUCCUCACCAAUGCGCCAUGCAGCAGCUAUAGUGAAACUUCUGACAAUGAAUGAACAAGUACCACCUCUUCUGUUUAAAUUUACUGAUGGUGGGUGUGAUCAAAGAAAUACACUGGAAAGUGUUAAAUGUGCCAGUGUUUGCAUAUUUAAAGAGCUAAACUUGGACAUGAUAGUGCUAGGUAGAUGUGCACCAAAUCACAGCUAUGUGAAUCCUGCAGAAAGGGUAAUGUCAAUUCUUAAUUUGGGGCUACAAAAUGUUGCAUUGGAGAGAAAGCCUUGUGAGGAUGAAAAUAUUGAAAAACUACUGGGUCAGUGUAACAGCAUGGCUGACAUCAGAGAAAAAUCUGCGAAAAAUCCUGGCUUAAAGCAAUCAUGGGAAGCAGCAGUGGAAGAGCUCACAACAACACUAGGAUGUAGAUUUUCUCGGCUGAAGUUGAAGGACAAACCUUUCAAUGUAUUAAACCCGGUCACAGAAGAGGAAAUUGACAUUCUUCAACGACACUUACGUCAACUGUUUCCAGACCUAGACCUGUCAAAAGUGAACAAAGCCACAACAUCUAAAUCAGAGGCAUACAAAGCCUGGAUGAGUCAGCACGCUAGAUCGAGAAACUAUACAUUCCAGUUGAGAAAAUGCUCAGACAGUUCAUGCUGUCUCCCAUCAACCAUUCCCAGAGAUGAGCUUUUGUGGUUGCCAGAUCCAGUAUUAGAUGAAGAAGGUUACCACUACAAACCUUAUUCUGAUGUAAAAGGAGCUGAGACAAAUGAUGACAAUAGACCAUCCCUGAUUGCUAAGCAACAGAAGCAACAACACAAGCCAUCUACGCAACAGCCUGUUCAACAUGAUGAGACGGAGGACAGAGAUCCAGAAAUGCCAACAAAUGAACCAAGUUUAUGUUCUGUUCAGAAUGCACGUGCUGUAGUCAGUUGUUCUGAAUGUCGUAAACCAAGAGUUAUCUACUCAAAACACAAACUGUCUGAAAGGCAAAAGAUGUCUCUGGUACUGUAAAUUAGUGAAUACAUCUACAGCUGUGGUGCACCAAUUUUGCCGCCAUCUUCAUCAAUAUUUAAAACAUGCAUGUGCAGAAACAAUCUAUCGUGCUUAACUCCAAUCGAAACUCCCUAUUAUGGAAGUGAAUUAGGUCGGAAAGACUUGUGCAGUUUCUGUGGUAUUGAAGAGAGUUUUGUAGACCAGGAACUUAAAAAACAAUACAAAACAGUUUUACCAUGUUGUGAACAGUGUAGAAAUGCUGGAAAAACACCAGUUGUAAUGAGACCAUUUGGAAAAAGCAAACUGAAUUAAAGCUUGUAACAAUUGUUAGGCCACCGCUAUAUAGAUCUUGGAUCUACACUGGAUCUACACUGUUCUGUUUCAGAUUCAUUAGAUUAUUUCUGACCUGGCAUUGAAGAAGCAAACAGUGAAGUUCCAGAUCAGACAACAUAGAUGUUAACUUCUGUUUUUUUUUCAUUGAUAUUUCAUGUUUAUAUAGUCUAAGGCAUAUGGUUCGAUUCCGUUCAAGAUUGUACUGUAUUGCUUAAUUCUUGAUUUUAUAGUUUGUGAUUUCAUUUUUACAUGAAAUAAUUCUAAGGCUUGGUAUAGUCCCUAUGUUUUAUAGGAGUUUAUAUGCUCUCUGUUUUCAUUGCCGCCCAUGUACUCAUUCAAAAACAAAACAUUUUGCCACAGGUGUAACUGAACUUUAGCUUGGGAAUUUCGUUGCAUCUGGCAACCUUGCCAUUGUUUAACUAUUUGUUCAACAUAUGUCUCUGGUCUCUUUUUUACUUAAAUUUGCAAAAUGUUGUUAAAUAUAUUAAAUUCCAUUGAUUUGUUAUGAAUUUCAUGUUUUGAAUUAUAAAUAUAAAAACACCAUUUUCACUUUGUAGUCUUCUGUGAGAACUUGAAGUGGUAUAGUAUUACUAUAUUCUGUCAUAUCACAGCAGGUCAUACCAUUCCAUGAACAUUUUUUGAGAAAAAUGUUGAUUUUUCUCAGCAUAAAGUGAAGUAGCCAGCUUGUGGAUGUGUAAUUAGAACUGGCAUGUGUUCACAAAACAUUUAUGGAUCUCAAUUGAGUUUGAGUAUGAAAUUUUGAUAUCAGUGUUACCAAACCUCAGGUUUAAACUCCAAAUAAGUCAGAUAACCAGUACCUAAUUAUCACUUUCAAAUAGUUAGUGUCUUAAAUUUAGUACUAAACAUAUUUUUGAGAUUUAAAUAAGAAAUUAAGUUUCAUACUCUUAAUUCAGUUGAGAAUGGAAACGCUUUGUGAACACGGGUCAGGUGUACUUCGGAGAUCAUUGA